AUGGCUGCCAAGGUACGCGACAUCAAGUUCGAGUUAGUGACUCUGGCGGUGAUAGUCGCGGCGGCAUGCCUCCUGUCGUCUGGGAGCUGGCGAAAAAACCGCCUUAUUUCGUGGCUGACGCGUUUUAACAGCUCUUUUGACAAUAUUUACCAGCUACUACCGAUACUGCAAAAGAAUUCACGAGCGUUGUUUCUCGUAUUCAACGACCUUGCCAGUGCCAUCAACAGCGUAGCCGCAGCUCACAAUGGUGAAACCCCUCUCUCUAAAGAGUCUGUGCGGGCCCUUUUGAACCAGGAAUGGGUCCAGCUAAAACUAAGGAAGGCACAGGAUUCCGUACUGGAGGAAUUUGGCUUGGACGCUUCAGGGCUUGACGAAGCCAUAGAACGAUUUCGAAACGAUGACCAAGUGCAAAUGUACAUCAAUGGAGUAGAGAUGAUGUACAACGCGGUGCUGGACGGCGGCUACCCACGGUGCCCAGGUGUUGAGCAUUGUGAGGGAAUGACGAAACAGUUUGUUCUCUCGGUUAUUGCUAAGGUAGUUAGCGCUAAGCAAACAAUGUUAAGCGAGAGUGCCAACAACGUGGGCCUCUCAGAUCGCAUCGAAAUUGAAGUGGUGUAUCGAGAGAUGCAACGCUUGGGUUAUACUACGCCAUUGGACGCAGUUAUCGCAUUCAAAAACACAGAAAACUGCUAUCAAUACGACUUUGAGUUCGUGCAGGCGCGUCAACGGUUGUACUUAGGUUAUGUGGGAGAAUUUGUAUCAGAUGCCCCGAACUCUGAAGCAGACGCCCCGCAAGUAAGUGCGGAAGAGCUCCGUCUCAUGCUCGAGACUCUGGAGGCCGAUAGUCCCCUCUUCCUAAUGGUAUUUGACGGCGACUCUGCGACUCCUGAGUUUGUUUCACUGGUAAAGAGGCGAGCGGAAGAUGAACCGAAGGCAACGCUUGCGUGGAUAACCCUUACCGACAGCCCACAGGAAUAUGUCUGCAAAACGUACCCAGCGGCACUGCGGUUCUUGGGAGGAAAGUUUGAGGCUCUGCCGCCUACUUUACACACUUCAGAGAUGGCCAAUGCUAACGGAGGUCAAUCGAGGGCCGCUAAGCCCAAGGGGAGUGCCAAGAAAAGACGCGAUGGAGCAUAUAUAAGGCCCACGGCUGUGACUGAGCAGGCUACAAAAACGAAAAAAUCUGAAUUAGUCGUUGCCGUCAAGACCUCUAAGGCUGUACCGACACAGGUUGUCAGAAAAGGUCGAAGGAGUGAAACUAAAAAGGUGCGCAACGAAAAGAGCACCGUACAAGUAAAGGCUCAACUCCCAGAGAAACACGGUGACGAGGCGCCCAAGCGUUCAACCUCCACUAAGCGUAAACGUGAAAUGUAUAUUGAAGAAGAAAAUGUUAAGAAUGUUGAACCUGUAGCGAAACGUCAGGCAACUUCUAAUGUUAUGAGCAGGACGCUGGGAUUUGUCGUCACCCGCAUCAUGAGCGGAAUUCAACGUGCCACGCGCAUUACAAAUGUGCUACUCUCCUCGGUUAUAUCACCCUUCUCACGACACCACUGA